AUGACCCGAUCACUGCUCUUGAGCGACGACGGCGGAUACUACGGCUACGACGGCUACGACUGCUACGACUGUUACAACGGUUACAACGGUUACAAAGGUAACGACGAAGACGGCGGAGACGGCAGUGACGGCAGAGACGGCGGGGACGGCGGGGACGGCAGACGGCGGGGACGGCAGAGACGGCAGGUACGGCAGACGGCGGUGACGGAAGAGACGGCGGGGACGGCGGUGACGGCAGAGACGGCGGGUACGGCAGACGGCGCGGACGGCAGAAGGCGGGAACGGCGGGGACCAACAAGUGCUACCAGAUGUGAAGACUUGUCGUUCACUAGGUAA